GGGAUCAAAAUAUAAUAAAACACAAACCAUAAUACCAGAUUCUGCACCCUUGUCCGAGAACCUCCUCGAGAAGUCGAAUUUCCUUAAAACAAACAAAAAUAAUCCACUCCCACUGAAAAUGACCAUUUUCACCUCCACUCCCUCUCGAGAUUUCUCUAGAAAUUCAUCAAAUUUCCCGCAAAAUCUCCUCCCUUUAUAAACCCCUGCUCCAGCUCUGCACCAAACAUCCCAAAAAUCGAUCAAGAAACGAUCAAAACCGUAGUUACACGCAGCGAUCAUGGCUACUGCUGCUCAACUCUACUGCCCAUUUCCACAAAAAGCGAAACAAACGCCGUUUCUGGGCUCGAAGCCGAUCAAGAAAGCGCCUUUUCUUCAGCUGGGCGCGAGAGGAAAAAGAAAAAAUGAUGGUUGUUACAAGGCGUUGAGGGUGGUGAGCGAGAAAGUGGUGGGAAUCGACUUGGGCACCACCAACUCCGCCGUGGCGGCGAUGGAGGGCGGGCAGCCAACGAUCGUGACCAACGCCGAGGGGCAGCGCACGACGCCGUCGGUGGUGGCGUACACCAAGGGCGGGGACAGGCUGGUGGGGCAGAUCGCGAAGAGGCAGGCGGUGGUGAACCCCGAGAAUACUUUCUUCUCGGUGAAGAGGUUUAUCGGGAGGAAAAUGAAUGAGGUUGAUGAAGAGUCGAAGCAGGUGUCGUAUAAGGUGGUGAGGGAUGAUAUUGGGAAUGUGAAGGUGGAGUGCCCUGCUACCGGGAAUUUGUUUGCACCUGAGGAGAUUUCUGCUCAGGUGUUGAGAAAGCUUGUGGAUGACGCCUCCAAGUUCUUGAACGAUAAGGUCACUAAAGCGGUUAUUACAGUACCGGCCUAUUUCAAUGAUUCGCAGAGAACUGCAACAAAGGAUGCUGGUCGAAUAGCUGGCUUGGACGUUCUUCGCAUUAUCAAUGAACCCACAGCCGCGUCUUUGGCUUACGGGUUCGAGAAGAAAAAUAACGAGACCAUUCUAGUUUUUGACUUAGGAGGCGGUACAUUUGAUGUUUCAGUUCUUGAGGUCGGAGAUGGAGUGUUCGAGGUGCUCUCCACCUCAGGCGACACACAUUUGGGGGGUGAUGAUUUCGACAAGAGAAUCGUUGAUUGGCUAGCCGAUGGCUUCAGGAGAGAUGAAGGCAUUGAUCUCCUCAAGGACAAGCAGGCGCUCCAACGCCUCACUGAAUCUGCUGAGAAGGCGAAGAUAGAGCUAUCAUCUCUAACUCAGACUAACAUAAGUUUGCCCUUCAUCACUGCUACUGCGGAUGGUCCGAAGCACAUUGACACGACGUUAACACGAGCUAAAUUCGAAGACUUGUGCUCUGACUUACUAGACAGGCUUAAAACGCCUGUUCAAACUGCGUUAGAUGAUGCAAAGCUUUCUAUCAAGGAGAUAGAUGAAGUGAUUCUAGUUGGAGGGUCGACUCGGAUCCCUGCUGUCCAAGAGCUCGUCAAGAAGAUGACCGGGAAAGACCCUAAUGUCACGGUCAACCCAGACGAGGUGGUUGCUCUCGGAGCUGCAGUUCAGGCCGGUGUCUUGGCUGGUGACGUGAGCGAUAUCGUGCUCUUGGACGUGACGCCUCUGUCACUCGGCUUGGAGACCUUGGGAGGGGUGAUGACGAAGAUCAUACCUAGGAACACAACGUUGCCAACCUCCAAAUCAGAGGUCUUUUCCACGGCCGCGGACGGGCAGACGAGCGUGGAGAUCAACGUGCUGCAAGGCGAGAGGGAGUUUGUGAGGGACAACAAAUCCUUGGGGAGUUUCCGGCUGGACGGCAUCCCGCCCGCUCCCCGUGGCGUCCCUCAGAUAGAGGUGAAAUUCGACAUAGACGCCAACGGCAUCCUAUCCGUCGCAGCCAUCGACAAGGGGACUGGGAAGAAGCAAGACAUCACCAUCACCGGCGCCAGCACAUUGCCUAAGGAUGAGGUGGAUCGUAUGGUGAAAGAUGCAGAGAGAUAUGCAAAGGAAGAUAAGGAGAGGAGGGAAGCCAUCGACACGAAGAAUCAAGCGGAGUCUAUGGUGUAUCAGACGGAGAAGCAGUUGAAAGAGGUUGGCGACAAAGUCACGGCAGCGGUGAAAGAGAAGGUGGAAUCUAAACUGAAAGACCUAAAAGAUAUUAUCUCUAGUGGAUCAACUCAAGCCAUCAAGGAUGCCAUGGCGGCACUCAAUCAAGAGGUGAUGCAGAUAGGCCAGUCUUUGUACAGUCAGCAGGGAGCCGCGGCGGCAGCUGGCGGCGAGCCUUCGGCUGGCGCAUCUGAGGGGUCGAGCUCCACCGGUAAAUCGGACGGAGAUGGAGAAGUCAUCGAUGCAGACUUCUCUGAGAGCAACUAACUGUGUUUUGUUUGGACAAUGUGAUGUCUUUUUUGUUAGAUGUAGGUUGUUUGGUGUGGUUGAGGUGCAAGAAGUGGGAUUAUUGUACAUCGGUAGGUGUAAAUUCUUGAUAGAAUUCUACAAAAUAAUUUCCUCUCGUCAUUAUCGAAUUUUGUUAGUAGAAAUUGAUUAUUAUCUAUAUAUGUAAAGUAUCACCAUUUUCGUGAA